GAGUUGUCGGGCAGCGGGCAGCCGAGAAGGCCGCCUCCGGCCGCCGCGGACGAAGCAUAUCUUCGAAGUCUUGCGCUUCGCGCUGCGCGGGGGCGCGCGGCUGCCUCCGCUCACCGGCGCCGCCCUGCCCGGACGGCGGGGUGCGAAGCAAUCUUACCUUCGCGAAGCUGCGCAAGAUCAGGCAGGGCUCACACUGAGGAGGAGGAGGAGGAGGAGGAGGAGGAGGAGGAGGAGGAGGAGGAGGAGGACGAGGAGCCGCACUCAGGUCAUGAACAUGCGCGCGUCCAGGAGGCCGUGGGCCGCGUGCGCGCAGUCCACGAGCGGGGCGCAGCCGGCCGCCCCGUCCAGGGGCGCCUCCAGCAGCGCCUCCACCUGCGGGGGGGGGGGGGGCAGCACGCGCCCGCCUGA